UUUCUCGAUUAAGGAAGAUCUGAAAGACUGAAACGAAAUCUCCAGGGCCUUCGUUGUCAAGAGUAGUCGACGAGAUCAUUCUCACCGUAGAUCUGAUCGAAUAAGGUAAUCAAUCGUAGAGGAAUUUUGCGGUGGAACGAUGGUUUUGGUUACGUCUGUGCGUGAUUACAUCAACCGGAUGCUUCAGGAUAUCUCCGGCAUGAAGGUUCUCAUACUCGACUCCGAAACGGUUAGCAAUGUAAGCAUUGUGUAUUCACAGUCAGAGCUGCUUCAGAAAGAAGUUUUUCUUGUGGAGAUGAUAGAUUCAAUCUCUGUGUCAAAAGAAUCGAUGUCGCAUCUGAAAGCUGUUUAUUUCAUCCGUCCAACUUCAGAGAAUAUUCAGAAACUACGUUACCAGCUUGCCAAUCCUAGAUUUGGAGAGUACCAUUUAUUUUUCUCCAAUCUGUUAAAGGAUACUCAGAUUCAUAUUUUAGCUGAUUCCGACGAGCAUGAGGUUGUACAGCAAGUUCAGGAGUAUUAUGCAGACUUUGUUGCUGGUGAUCCAUAUCAUUUCACAUUGAAUAUGGCAUCGAACCACCUAUAUAUGAUCCCAGCAGUUGUCGAUCCCUCUGGUUUGCAGCGCUUCUCUGAUCGGGUUGUUGAUGGAAUUGCGGCAGUGUUUCUGGCGUUGAAACGGAGACCUGUCAUCAGAUAUCAAAGGACCUCUGAUACUGCGAAAAGGAUUGCACAGGAAACAGCUAAAUUGAUGUAUCAGCAUGAAAGCGCUCUUUUUGACUUUAGACGGACUGAAAGCUCUCCGUUGCUACUUGUAAUUGACAGAAGAGAUGACCCGGUUACCCCAUUGCUGAAUCAGUGGACAUAUCAGGCAAUGGUGCACGAACUCAUAGGACUUCAAGAUAAUAAAGUGGACUUGAAAGCCAUUGGAAGUCUUCCAAAAGAUCAGCAAGUGGAGGUGGUUUUAUCAUCAGAACAAGAUGCAUUUUUCAAAUCUAACAUGUAUGAAAAUUUUGGGGAUAUUGGAAUGAACAUCAAGCGAAUGGUAGAUGACUUUCAGCAGGUGGCCAAGAGUAACCAAAAUAUCCAGACAGUAGAGGAUAUGGCCAGAUUUGUUGACAACUACCCUGAGUACAAAAAGAUGCAAGGCAACGUUUCAAAGCAUGUAACUCUGGUUACUGAAAUGAGCAAGCUAGUUGAAGCUAGGAAACUGAUGCUGGUUUCACAAACAGAGCAGGACUUGGCUUGCAAUGGUGGCCAAGGAGCUGCAUAUGAGGCAGUUACGGAUCUCUUAAAUAAUGAAAGUGUGUCUGACAUCGACCGCCUGCGUUUGGUAAUGCUAUAUGCUUUGCGCUAUGAGAAAGAAAACCCUGUUCAGUUGAUGCAACUGUUCAACAAAUUGGCUUCACGGUCUCCCAAAUACAAACCAGGGCUAGUUCAGUUUCUCUUGAAACAAGCCGGUGUGGAGAAGCGUACUGGGGAUCUAUUUGGAAACAGAGAUCUUUUGAAUAUAGCACGAAACAUGGCUCGUGGACUUAAGGGGGUUGAGAAUGUGUACACUCAACAUCAGCCUCUUCUGUUUCAAACAAUGGAGAGCAUAACCAGAGGGAGAUUACGAGAUGUGGAUUACCCAUUUGUUGGAGAUCACUUUCAACAGGGACGGCCACAAGAGGUGGUUAUUUUUAUGGUUGGUGGAACAACAUAUGAGGAAUCACGCUCUGUUGCUCUACAGAAUGCCACCAACUCCGGGAUUCGGUUUAUUCUCGGUGGCACCGCAGUCCUUAAUUCCAAGAGAUUUCUUAAGGACUUGGAAGAAGCACAAAGGAUAUCAAGAUCAGGUAGCCAUAUGGUGUGAAAAUCCAAGAGAGAGAUUUGUAAAUUAUUAAGUCUUAAGAUCCUUCCGUAUGAUAUGGAGAGCAUAGAAGAAAGGAACCAAAUCAUCAUUUUGGAGAGACAAAUGAAAGAAAGAAGACAGACAGAUUUUGUGGUCAGGUUCAUCGAAUCUUUCGUAUACAUUGAUGAUUACCCCCACUAGAGAGAUCUAAUUUUUGGGGUUUGUGUGUGUAUUCAUCGUGGUACAGUUUAAUUGGACCGUUGCUUCGUACACAGAUGGCUAAUCAAGAAAUGUAAAACUUGAGGAAAUUUUACUAUCUAAAUUGCAAUUUGGAUAAAAA